ACUUGUCUUUUUGCAAUAAUAUUCUCACUCGAAGACUCCAAGUCAAUGAUCUGAGAGUAACAUAAAUCUUAACUCAACUUCUCAACAGCCAAAUCCUUUGCUGCAAAACUUGCUUCAAAUCUCAACUCAAGUCCAAAUCCUUUGCAAAGAAUCGAAACAUGGCUUUGGUUGGAGAGGCUUUUCUCUCUGCUUCCGUGCAGGUGCUAUGCGACAAGAUUGGUUCUCGUGAGUUCAGGGACUUGUUCCGGGGAAAGAAACUGGAUGAGUCGCUUGUGAAGAAACUGAAGAUAACGCUGUUGAGCCUCAAUGCAGUGCUUAAUGACGCGGAGGAGAAGCAGUUCACGAACACUUACGUCAAAGAGUGGCUUGAUGAGCUUCAAGAUGCUGUCUUUGAUGCGGAUGACCUUCUGGAUGAGAUCAAUGCUGAAGUUCUGCGAUGCAAGGUGGAAGCUGAAUUUCAAACCGUCACAAAUCAGGUGUUGAACUUCUUCUCUACUUCUCUUAAUCCUUUUUAUCAAGGCAUGAAUGGUAGGAUUGAAGAGUUGCUUGAAAGAUUAGAACACCUAGCAAAACAAAAGGAUGUGCUUGGCCUGAGAGAAGGUGUUGUUGGGGGAAAGGUUUCUCAAAGAACUCCAACAACUUCCUUGGUUGAUGAAUCUUGUGUGUAUGGUAGGGAUGGAGAUAAAGAAAAGCUGAUGAAACUGUUGUUAUCUGAUGAUGCAACCGACAAGGAUGUCUCCGUCAUCACCAUAGUGGGAAUGGGAGGCGUUGGCAAGACAACCCUCGCUCAGCUCCUUUAUAAUGAUGACAAAGUGAAAGAGCAUUUUAAUCUUAGAACCUGGGCGUAUGUUUCGGAAGCUUUUGAUGUUACUAGGGUAACUAAGACCCUACUUGAGUCAGUCAGUUCAAAAGCUUACGAUAAUAAAGACCUGAGUUUUCUUCAAGUUGAGCUAGGACAACAACUAAAGGGCAAGAAAUUUCUGUUUGUGUUGGAUGACCUUUGGAAUGAGAACUAUGGUGAUUUGAGUCUCCUACAACGUCCUUUUGCAUCCGGAGCAAGGGGAAGUAGGGUUAUUUGGGAGCUGCCAGGUCUCAUGCGCACCGUUCCAAUUCACUUUUUGGAAAAGUUGUCCGAUGAGGAUUGCUGGUUGUUACUUUCAAAACAUGCCUUUGAAAAUGGAAACUUGAGUGCACAUCUACACCUGCAAGAAGUUGGUAAGAAAAUUGCCCUGAAGUGCAAUGGUUUACCUUUAGCUGCAGAAACACUUGGAGGCCUCUUGCGUUUCAACACAAAUUAUGAGGAAUGGAAUAGCAUACUAAAUAGCAAUAUUUGGGAGUUGCCUCCUGAAAAAUGUAAUACAAUUCCAGCUCUAAGAUUGAGUUACCAUUAUCUCCCAACUCAUUUAAAACGAUGUUUUGCUUAUUGCUCAAUUUUUCCUAAGGGCUAUGAAUUCCAAAAGGAAGAUAUAGUUCUACUGUGGGUGGCAGAAAGUUUAAUUCCACAAGCUGAGAGUGAGAAAAGAAUGGAAGAGCUCACUAAGAAAUACUUUGAUGACUUAUUGUCACGAUCAUUUUUUCAAAGAUCAAGAAAUGAGAAGUUCACAAUGCAUGAUCUCAUCAAUGACUUAGCUAUGUCUGUGGCUAGGGAAUCCUAUUUGAGAUGGGAAGGGGGUGAAUCACAUGAAGUUUUGAAAAGAGUUCGGCAUUUGUCGUAUGCUAGAGGGCAAUUUGAUUGUGCUGCGAAAUUUGAGCCAUUAUAUGAGGUUAAGCAUUUGCGAACCUUCCUACCCCUAAGAAGAGAAUGGCAUCGGCAUUAUGUAAGUAAAAGGGUUUUACAUGAGUUAGUGCCAUCUCUAUUAUGUUUACGGGUGCUAACGUUGUCACACUAUAAUAAUAUAGUUGAGUUACCCGAUUCUAUUGGUAACCUCAUUCAUUUGCGCUACUUGGAUCUCUCUAAAACUAGAAUCAAAAGGUUGCCUGCCACAGUUUGCACUCUCUAUAGUCUACAAACAUUACUAUUGGCAGGUUGUCGGUCUCUUUUUGAAUUGCCUACAUACAUGAGGAAAUUGAUUAACUUGAGGCAUCUUGAUUGUAGUGGAACACAAAUUGAAGAGAUGCCGGUGCAAAUGGGUAGACUAAAAAGUUUGAGAACAUUGACUACUUUUGUUGUGGGGAAAUCUACUGGGUCGCCUAUCGGUGAAUUGGGGGAGUUGUCCCAUCUUGGAGGAAGAAUUUCAAUUUUGAAGCUUAAUAAUGUGGUUGAUGGUAGGGAUGCCUUGCAAGCUAAUUUGAAGAACAAAAAAGAUCUCAAGGAGUUAGAGUUGGCAUGGGGCUCCGAAGAUGCCGAUCAUUCCGAAAAGGUGAGAGAUGUACUUGACAAGCUCCAACCUUGCAUGAAUUUGGAGAAAUUGACCGUCAAACUUUAUGGCGGGACCAGCUUUCCAAACUGGUUGGGAGACUCUACCUUCAAUAAAAUGAAAGUUAUGCGCCUCGAAGGCUGUCAUUAUUGCUUCGAGUUGCCACCGCUUGGACAGCUACCUGCUCUUAAGGAGCUCUUCAUAUGUAAGAUGAAAUUUCUUAGGACGUUAGGUCCUGAGUUGUAUGGUCAGCCAUUUCAGCCAUUUCAAUCGCUGGAGAAGCUGGAGUUUACGGAGAUGGCAGAGUGGGAGGAAUGGGUACCAAGUGGGAGUGGAGGUCCAGACUUUCCUCGUCUCCAGGAGCUAAUUCUAGAAAUGUGUCCGAAGCUGAGAGGAAGCUUGCCUUGUGAUCUGCCUUCCACUCCUGCCCCUUCCAGACUGAAGAGGUCGCAGUUCUGCCCGUUAAAAAGCCUUCCAGGGCUUCAAAUAGAUUAA